AUGCGCCGCUGCUCUUCUUCUUCAUCAAUCAGCUCCCAGUGGUCCUCUAUAAGCGACGACCAGCUCAACUGCAUCAUCCACAUCAACACCACCACCACUUCUGCCACCACAGUCGCCGCCAGCAACUCUUCUGUUAUAUCUUCGUCUGCCUCUGUUGCACCUUCAAUUCCGCCUUCAGUCCACACAAUGUCGGAGCGCCGCCCUUCCAUCCCCGAGUAUGAGCGCAGUCGCCAGGGAAGCACAUGCUCCGUACUGAGCUGCGGCGGCAUGAGCCCUGACGCGACCAAGGAGCUGUGGAAGACCAUGUUGGAGCUCCAAGAGCGAUAUGGGUGCUAUACCUCUGCCAGGAUGGAUAUGGCCGUUGGAGCGGGAGACAUGGCCCUCUCUCUUAUGCCGAAUCCCUUCAUUCUCGAUACGCUAAACGACUCUGUCGUCGAUCUGCCCGACGAGGGCUGGGAGAUGCUCAAUCGCUGUCUCCGACAGCCCAGGCAUUAA